AAUUAAUUUCAAGCUAAAUAUUGAAAUUGAAACCCUGAAAUUAAUGAUUUUGGACAUCGUAUGUAUGUGGAGCAGGUGAAGAGAAAUCCAUCUUUAGAUGCGUUACUGUCGGAUAUCUGUAUUGGAACCUCAACAGCACCGACUUAUCUUCCACCCCAUUAUUUCACUACCAAAAAUACUACUGCUAGCAGUAGUACUGAAGAAGAUAUCAGAGAAUUCAACCUAAUAGAUGGUAGUGUUGCAGCCAAUAACGCAACUUUACUGGCUAUGGAGGAAGCAAAGAAGGAGAUGACAGGGGUCGGAGAAGGCUCCCGGCCGUGUCAUUACAUGAUCAGAUUUUUGGUUAUAUCUUUAGGAACUGGCUCAAACAGAUCAACCGAAGACAAACACAGCGCAAAAGAGGCGGCCAAAUGGAAUUUGUUUGGUUGGCUACGUCGUAUAGUUGAAGUAUUCACUCAAGCCAGUGCCGAUAUGGUCGACUACCACAUCUCCGUCGUACUCAAAAUGCUACAAUCUGAAGACAAUUACCUUCGCAUUCAGGAUGAUACAUUAAGUGGGGUGUUGGGUUCAAUUGAUAUAGCAACAAAGAAGAAUUUGGAUGAUCUUGUGGAAGUAGGGGAAAAACUUUUGAAAAAGCCAGUUUCUAAGGUUAAUUUGGAAACGGGUUUGGUUGAGCCUUGUGGUCAAGAAUCUAAUGAAGACGCUCUCAAGAGUUUUGCUAAAAUACUAUCCGAUGAGAAGCGACGCCGCAAUCAACUCAUCCCUUCCGCAGACCGCAGUCUAAAUAAUGUUAUAUAAAGAAUUAACCAAAUUCUUUGUGAUGAUUAUACCCAUGUUUUUGUUUUUUUACCUCAAUUUGAUUACUGAUUACUAUAUGUUUACUAUAAGAAAUAAAUAAAAUUUGAUUAU